ACAGACGCUUUAGAAAAAGCUUUGACACAGUGACGUUUUACCGAUUUAAAAAAAAAAUCAGUUAAUACUGUGAUAAAUAUUUAGAUUUUGCAUUUGGAAACUUAAGACACUUGUUAGAAAUAAUGUGUGGCGUGCGCCGUUGAUUCUAUGGCUUAUAACGGAUACUAGUUCUGCGAGUUUAUUUCUUGGCAGUAGUUUACAAAUCUAUGGAUAUUAUUAACCAAAAUCUUUCAUCGGACAAAACAACGCGAUGAAAAGCAAUCAAAAGAAAAAAAGACAUGCGUGAAUCAUUUAAUAAAUCAAGACACUUUUGUUCUUCGUUUGGAAUAGAGGAUGUCAUCAUAGUGCAAUCACUGCGAGUUCUGGACGGCGAAAACUAGCAUAUUAUCAUUCAUUAACUACAAUAUAUAUUUCCCGAGUGUUUCCAUGGUGCCCUCAUGGUGCGCAAACGGAUGAAACUCUGUCGGCGGGGCUCGUCGUCCUCAAUGUCGUCGCUUGCAAGCAGCUCAAGUUCGGGGCAAGGACGUAACGCGGAACUUUCGAGCAACAUUUCCGGACCCCGCAUCCGGCGCCACCGGGAAUCCAGCUGCGGUUUUCCUGCUCUCCCUUCCACGGACUCUGGCGGGCGCAAUCACAGGGAGUCCUGGGAUAACACUGACAGUGCGAAGUUAGCGAUUACACCGAUCGUUUCUUCUAGCGCGCCGGUAGCUAUACCUGAGAAUGCUCAACACAUUUCGGGUUACACUUCAUCAACAAUGACUGCCGAUGUCAGUCAGGCUCCGGCGCGGUUUUAUCCCUCUGCGGAGGGACAUAUACCGGAUACAGAUGCCAUUAUAAGGGCCAAGGAAUUAUCGAAACGUGUGAUAUUAAACGUUGGUGGCACUAAACAUGAGGUCAUGUGGCGAACUUUGGAUAGAAUGCCACAUACGAGACUAGGAAAGUUAAGAUUCUGUAAUACCCACGAAAGUUUGAUGGAAUUAUGUGAUGAUUACAGUUUGGCGGACCAAGAGUUCUUCUUUGACCGCCAUCCGCGCUCAUUUGCCUCAAUUUUGAAUUUCUACAGAGCAGGUAAAUUGCACAUAGUGGAAGACAUGUGCGUGUUGUCAUUUAGCGAAGACUUGGAAUACUGGGGGAUUGAUGAGCUGUAUCUGGAGUCAUGCUGUCAACACAAGUACCACCAGAAAAAGGAGCACGUCUUCGAGGAAAUCAGAAAGGAGGCAGAAAGUCUCCGUCAACGAGAAACGGAAGAUUUUGGGACUGGGCCGUGCGCAAAAUGGCGGGAAAAGGUUUGGGACCUUUUGGAGAAACCAACGACAUCCAUGGCUGCAAGGGUGUUAGCAAUAGUGUCAAUUCUCUUUAUCGUUCUCUCGACAAUUGCGCUCACGCUUAACACCAUGCCUCAAUUUCAAGAAUCAAAGUACGUUGCACAUACUGACGCCGAUGGGGCUAGUAUUCCGGGUAAACAGGAAGCUGUAAAGGACACGUCUUACGAAAAUCCUGAUCUUGCAAUUGUUGAAGGUGUCUGCAUUGGGUGGUUCACACUCGAAUACCUUGCGCGCUUUUGGGCCUCGCCAAAUAAAUGGAAGUUUUUUAAGGCCCCUCUAAAUGUCAUUGACUUGCUAGCCAUAUUACCGUACUAUAUUUCUCUCGGCCUAACCGAGACGAACGAAAACACUACUGCUCAGUUUCAACAUGUGAGAAAGAUUGUGCAAAUAUUUAGGAUCCUGCGGAUUUUACGAAUCUUAAAGUUGGCAAGACACUCGACCGGGUUGCAGUCUUUAGGGUACACACUGCAGCGCAGUUAUAAAGAGCUAGGUUUACUUUUAAUGUUCCUUGCUAUUACAAUUCUGCUGUUUUCAAGUCUUGCCUACUUUGCGGAAAAAGACGUGGCUGACACAAAGUUCACCAGUAUUCCUGAAACGUUUUGGUGGGCGGCAAUUACUAUGACCACUGUUGGAUACGGUGAUAUAUAUCCGACGACAGUUUUGGGCAAAAUAGUAGGUAGCGUGUGUUGUGUAUGCGGAGUUUUAGUUAUUGCUUUACCGAUUCCAAUUAUUGUUAACAAUUUUGCCGAGUUUUAUAAGGAUCAGAUGAGGCGGGAAAAGGCUCUUAAACGCAGGGACGCACUCGAAAGAGCGAAACGGACCGGUAGCAUCGUUUCAUUUCAUUCCAUUAAUUUGCGAGAUGCGUUUGCACGAAGCGUUGACCUUAUGGAGGUCAGCGUUGACGCGGAACGCAGAGCGGACGGGGAAAGCAUUGAUAGCAAAAAUGCCAGUCCGCCUAUGUAUGUGGCGAAACAGAGCAACGACGGUACGAAUAGUUUCUCUGGCAAUGAGAGCACGGACUACAAGCGUCUUCCGGGAGCUGCCAAUCCCAGCAAGACGAACCUGAUGGACGCCGACGAGGAGUCCAUUCAGCGGAUGACGUCGUCACAACCAGAGCUCAAUGCAAGUAUACAGGGCACUGGGACGAGGCAGACCUCAUCCAUAGACCAGAGUGUUGUCUUGAAACCUUGCAUUGAGCUUCGGACACUUGCACGCCAAUAUAGCACCGCCAGCAGUAGUGACACUUACACGUCUUGCAUGACUCAACAGCCGACCAGCCCGUGUAUUAAAGGGCGCCAGUUGAAUAAUAACAAUAAUAAUAACAUGUAUCACAGUAUGGAUUAUCACUAUAGAAACAAUAUCUAUAUUAAUCCGAUGGGCGAGUGUCAUAGUUUCACCGUUUUGCCAACAUGUAAUAUAGCCAAUACUCAGAGCGCUUCCAAACCAACGCACUAUAAUAAGUUUGAUUUCAAAACCAAUUCAUUAGACCGUAAUGAUAAAUGUGAUACUGAGAAUACAUGCAUAGAGCGCGAUGAUAAGUUUGUUGACUCCAGUGAAAGACGAGCUAAAUGGCAGCGCGUUCACUCUCAACCUCCGUUGCAGGGUGGAGGCCGUUACCCUAGCAACGGAUCAAGUGAUCUGGCCUGCAAAACGGGUGAACGUCCUCAGGGCGGUAGCCUUAAACGUCACAGGUCAGAAAACUCCAACGAACGCCAUCUCCAUUUCGGGGAUGUCAUAGAACGCACAUUCUCCUCCACGGAUAAUAUACGCGAUAUGCAAGCAUUACCGAAAACAAAACUGAAAUUCCGAAAAGCCGUUUCCCUGGCGAGCAAACUGCAUGGAAGUCCAUCGACUGGGCGAAAGCUUGCUAAUUACCAUCUAAUCGCUAACCCUAAAUCAGGGUCCGGUUACGUGACCCACUACCUAGUUCCUGUAGACCAGUCUAACACACCUAUGCAUCGUUCGACGCCUUCUCUAAUGGACAUUCAGCCGCCACCACGAAAAUCAAUCCUUAAAAAAGAAACCUCAAUAAAAAACGAAACAGACAGUCUCUUGGAAGCCAAAGAAAAAGUUGUAAAGUAUAAUACAAACAACUGGAACUGUGAUAUGAAAUCACCUCAAAAUAUUCCGCAAAAUACGUCAGCCAAAUCUGUAAAGUCGUUUGAUGAAUUGGUUAAAACCAGUAACACGUCUGAACAUCAAAGGUCAAACAGUUCCCAUUGGAACAAUAACAUGUUUAGCGAAACGACUGAUAAGACUAAGUUAGACAAUUUAACGAAUGAACCAAAACAGCCACCGCCACAGCAACCAACAAAACAACAAUCGUCAGACUCCUGUACUGAUGACAGUCAGCUAAAUACGUUUGACAAAUCCGAGGACGAUAUCAUGUUUAGUGACAGCAUGGCAAUAAACGCGUUCAAUACGGGCAAGCAAAAUAUAUGGCAAAACGCCGACGUUCACGGGAUAAUUUCUUGGCAAACAGACACCAGUCCUUCCGAUAAUCUGGAAAAUGAUGACUUCUUUUGCUCGUUUUCAUUAGACGCUACUCCUUCAGAAGAAAACGAGAAGUCGUUCAACACCUCCGCUUCGUUCCCGCUCUUUGACGUCGACUCCGCAAAUGACGUGAAUGGAGACCCAAUGAACACAAGACUUAUUGACCUCGGAACUGCGUCUAGUUUCCCCAACGAGGAGAAACAAAACAUUAAGGGACCUCCUCUGGAACAGCGACCCCAGCGAAUUCAGCGGACACCUUCGAGCGAGUCUUCUUCUCUCGGCGCAAGCGGAUAGCUGAGCAUGCCCAGUGCGGACAUGGUUAAGUCAUCUAUGACUGGAGCUCAGCCUCGGUUUGUUUGUUAACGGAUAAACUCUUCAUUAUGCUAUUAAAUAAGACGUAUAAAAUGCAAUCUAGUUUAUUUUUUAUGUAAUAUUCUAGGUUAGAAAUAAGCAUCAAGUUAUUUGGUAAUUUAUCACAUGACUUAAAUAAUUUAAGGAUAAAAUCAACUACGAUUUGUAUUUAUCGAAUAUUUGAUCUUAGGCAACUAUUUACAGUGUUUUAUACUUAAUUGUAUUUGUUUGUUCAUGUAAUUGUUAAAGAAAACGAUUGAUAUAUUACUUGGUUUUUAUGAUGUAAUGCUCGUGAUAUGAUUUUUUACAAGUACAAGUUAGUUAUAAUAGCGCGUGUGUACUAUUCGAUUUGAAAAUAUUAGUUAAGCGAUUUUAAAAUUACAACUACUGUGUACAUGAAUGUAGUUAUGUUCUGAGAUACUUACUUGUAGUAUUUUUAUGUACGUCUGUAUUUUGGUGCGUUAAAGCGUAUAGUGCAUGAUAUAUUAAGAUGAUUAUAUAUCAAUACAUAAUUUUAAGCUAUGUUUUAAUUUACUCUAUUAAAUAACGAUUUUGUGCGUGGUGUAAAUAUUAAAUGUAUGCUCCAGAAUUGAAAUAAAAAUGAUUAGAUGUCAGUAAGUGUCCCAGUUUAGAAAAGUAUAACAAAAAAUAACGUGCCAGUAUUAGCGAUUAUUAAUGCAUAGCCCAUUUUUUGUUAAUUUAAUAUUCCUGUCUAUAUACUGGUAUGUUUAAUAAAUGUCAAGUUUUGUGCUUGUCUAGACUAUAAGAAUAUUAAGCUCUUGAAAUAGGCUUAAAUUUGGUUUUAAAUGUAAAUUCAUACUUACGUUUAACGAAAUGUUCAAAUUGGUGAAUAUAUACAAAAUGCAAGUACACAUCAAAUGCAAAUGUAUUUUUUUUUAUUUAUAAUUUAGAAAAAAAGUUCCGUUUUUCGUAAACACAAUCCUGGAAAUUGCCAUUUAAUGUAAACUAAUUGGAAAACCGUGUUUUUUGGAAUGAUAUGUAACUGUUUGGUAUUGGCUUAAAUGAAAAUGGAACAACAACCAUGAAUUCAGCGCAACGCUUUUAAAUAGAUAUAUUGUUACAAAUAAUUUUAUUCCAAAUGUUUUGUGGAAAUGAACCGAUAACUAUUGCAUCUGAAAUUUAAGCUUAUUUGCACAUUGUUCACCUCCUUAAAACUUACUUAUUUUUCAAAGGGAGUUUUGUAAACGUUUGUUUUGUGAACCAGACAAAGGGAUACUAGAAUUUGAUUUACAUCGUUUUUUUUAUAUCGAUUGGCAUCAACUCUUAAGCAGCCUCUGGGAAUCUCUCACAGAAUUCUGGUUCCAGCGAUUAGAUUUCUCAGACGACACUGCGACAUAUUUGGUUAACCCGCCACCGAAAUUACAUACCAUAUACUUACUUGGGGAGAGGGGGGGGGGAGUUGGAAUUAACGCUCCCUUGCAUUGUCGCUAGUAACGACGAAACUGUCUUGCCCUACGGUAUCGAUUUUAAUAUAUAUCGCCAUAGCAACCAGCGGUUCGAGCAUUAAGGAUUAUAAUGACAGUCUUUGAAAACAGAAGCUAGGAAUGGGAGGCGUGUGAGCCACUUUGGGACGAAAGCGAAAUAAAAAAGCAUGCAUAAAAAUAGGCGACAGUAAGCUUGAUGCGCCAAGAUUAAUGCGCCGGGAAAUGUGGCGCAUGUUAAGCUUUCUUCAGCUGUUCGAAUAAUCUGGUAAUCUGCGGAAAAAUUGUGUAUUGUUGAUUUUUUUUAAUUAAAUGCAUUCAACAGUCACUUCAACAAUAUAAUGCUAUCAGUAAAGGAUUGAUUUGACUAAUUAUGAGCUAUUAUUUUCGUUAAUUAUGAGUAAAUUUUUUCGUUAAUGGUUUACGGUUGCACAAAAUCCAGUCAUGAUUUAAACAAAUCAAAUUGCCACCACAGUUUAUCGAAGCAUACGUAUUAAUAUUACAUACAGCAUUCGGCACAUCAUAUUAGUGACUAAACAUAUGAGACGCGUUCUGAGAAAACGGUGCUGAAUGCAUGUGCGGAAAGUGUCAUCUUAGAUUAGCCUGUGCAGUUCGCACAGGCCAAUCAGGGACGACACUUUCCGCCUAAAUUGGAUUUUUGCUAAGAAGAGACUUCAUUUAAACGAAAAAUGUCAUAAAAACGGAAAGUGUCGUCCGUGAUUGGCCUGUGGGGACUGCACAGGCUAAUCUGGGAUGACACUUUAAUUACAUGCGUUCAGACCAGUUUUCUCAGAACGCGACUCAUAUAAAUGCGUGUACAGCGUUUACAGCAGUAUAUCAUAGCAUAUGUAAGACGAGUUACACGGUUUAAGUACCAAAUCAUGGGAAUAUUUGUCUGUUUGUAGAAAUGCUACAUCAUUUAUUGUAUCAAUUAACAUCUAGCGCUAGAAUAAAUAAAUUGUUCAUUCUUUGUAUAGCAUACAUAUUAUUCCAUGUAUUUAUGUAUAUAGCUGCGGAAUGCAAUAGUUCAGUUUGUACACCAUAUCCUGCUCAUUGGCUCACAUAUUUGCGGACAUGUUUGUUUAUCCUGUACGCUGCGGUAAGUAAGGAUCUGACAGCUUGCUUGCACCAUUGUUACGGUUGCUAUGGUAACCCUUAUAUCGUCAUGUAUGUUUACAGCAAAAAACAAAAGGAAACAUGAAACACAAGUUAUCAUUAUACCCCCCACAAACGAAGUUUAGGGGGUACAUAGGAGUGACCUUGUCGGUCGGUUGGUCGGUUGGUCGGUCGGUCGGUCGGUCGGUCUGUCGGUCGGUCCGUAUUAAGUGUCCGCUCUUUAAUUCAAGUAGUUUUCAUCCGAUCUUCACCAAACUUAGUCAGAAGUUGUAUCUACAUGAUGUCUAGGCCAAGUUCGAACAUGGGCCUUGCCAGGUCAAAAACUAGGUCACGGGGUCACUUAGUGCGUUUUAAACAUUCAGCAUGUUGUCCGCUCUCUAAUUCAAGUAGUUUUCAUCCGAUCUUCACCAAUCUUGGUCAGAAGUUGUAUCUAGAUGCUGUCUAGGCCAAGUUCGAACAUGGGCCUUGCCGGGUCAAAAACUAGGUCACGGGGUCACUUAGUGCGUUUUAAACAUUCAGCAUGUUUUCCGCUCUCUAAUUCAAGUUGUUUUUAACCGAUCUUCACCAAACUUGGUCAGAAGUUGUAUCUACAUGAUGUCUAUGCCAAGUUCGAACACGGGCCUUGCCGGGUCAAAAACUAGGUCACGGGGUCACUUAGUGCGUUUUAAACAUUCAGCAUGUUGUCCGCUCCCUAAUUCAAGUAGUUUUCAUCCGAUCUUCACCAAACUUGGUCAGAAGUUGUAUCUACAUGAUGUCUAUGCCAAGUUCGAACACGGGCCUUGCCGGGUCAAAAACUAGUUCACGGGGUCACUUAGUGCGUUUUAAACAUUCAGCAUGUUGUCCGCUCUCUAAUUCAAGUAGUAUAAAUCCGAUCUUCACCAAACUUGGUCAGAAUUUGUAUCUACAUGAUGUCUAGGCCAAGUUCGAACAUGGGCCUUGCCGGGUCAAAAACUAGGUCACGGGGUCACUUAGUGCGUUUUAAACAUUCAGCAUGUUGUCCGCUCUCUAAUUCAAGUAGUUUUCAUCCGAUCUUCACCAAAGUUGGUCAGAAGUUGUAUCUAAAUGAUCUUAACGCCAAGUUUGACUAUGGGCCUUGCCGGGUCAAAAACUAGGUCACGGGGUCACUUUGUGCGUUUUUAACAUUCAGCAUGGUGUCCUCUCUCUUAUUCAAAAAGUUUUCAUCCGAUCUUCAACAAACUUGGUCAGAAGUUUUAUCUAGAUGACCUGAAGGCCAAGUUCGAACAUGGGCCAUGCCAGGUCAAAAACUAGGUCACAGGGUCACUUUGUACGUUUUACACAUUCAGCAUGGUGUCCGCUCUCUAAUUCAAGUAGUUUAAAUCCGAUCUUCACCAAUCUUGGUCAGAAGUUGUAACUAGAUGAUGUGUAGGUCAAGUUCGAACAUGGGCCAUGCCGGGUCAAAACCUAGGUCACGGGGUCACUUAGUGUGUUUUAAACCUCACCAUGUUGUCCGCUCUCUAAUUCAAGUAGUUUUUAUCCAAUCUUCAACAAAAUUGGUCAGAAGUUGUAUCUUGAUAAUGUCUAGGACAAGUUUGAAUAUGGGUCAUGCCGGGUCAAAAACAAGGUCACGGGGUCACUUAGUGCGUUUUAAUCAUCACAAUGUUGUCCGCUCUCUAAUUCAAGUAGUUUUCAUCCAAUCUUCACCAAACUUGGUCAGAAGUUGUAUCUAGAUGAUGUCUAGGUCAAGUUUGAAUAUGGGUCAUGCCGGGUCAAAAACUAGGUCACUGGGUAUCUUAGUGCGUUUUAAAGCUCACCAUGUUGUCCGCUCUCUAAUUCAAGUAGUUUUCAUCUAAUCAACACCAAAAUUGGUCACAAGUUUUAUCUUAAUGAUCUCUAGGACAAGUUUGAACAUGGGCCAUUCCGGGCCUAAAACUAGGUCACGGGGUCACUUAGUGAUUUUUUUAACAUUCAGCAUGGUGUCCGCUCUCUAUUUCAAGUAGUUUACAUCCGAUCUUCACCAAACUUGGUCAGAAGUUUUAUGGAGAUGACCUUAAGGCCAAGUUCGAACAUGGGCCUUUCUGUGUCAAAAACUAGGUCAAGGGGUCACUAAGUGCGUUUUAAAAAUUGAGCAUGGUGUCCGCUGUUUUUUUGUGAAGACGACAUGCAAAAUAUUAUGUGUCAAUGCGGCAUGUGGGGGUAUUCGUCACGUCUGUGACAAAGCUCUAGUUUGUUAGAACAAUACUCGUGGGUAUACGGACACGUUUUAUAGAAAGUCUAAUGUUAUAUUGUCAUACUUCGUUCGAUGCAGGGUAAUCCUUUAUAAAUGGGCCGUGCUCUGUAUAAAAAGUGUUCAAUGCAUGUGCGCAAAAUGUCGUCCGAGAUAAGCCUGUACAGUCCGCACAGGCUCAUCAGGGUCGACACUUUACGUUUUUAUAUUAUUAGCUCAUCUAUUUUUUGAAAAAAAAUGAGCUAUUGUCAUCACCUUGGCGUCGGCGUAGGCGUCGCGUCCGGUUAAGUUUUGCGUUUAGGUCCACUUUUCUCAGAAAGUAUCAACGCUAUUGCAUUCAAACUUGGUACACUUACUUACUAUCAUGAGAGGACUGGGCAGGCAAAGUUAGAUAACUCUGGCGUGCAUUUUGACAGAAUUAUGUGCCCUUUUUAUACUUAGAAAAGUGAAAAUUUUGGUUAAGUUUUGCGUUUAGGUCCACUUUUCUCAGAAAGUAUCAAUGCUAUUGCAUUCAAACUUGGUACACUUACUUACUAUCAUGAGGGGACUGGGCAGGCAAAGUAAGAUAACUCUGGCGUGCAUUUUGACAGAAUUAUGUGCCCUUUUUAUACUUAGAAAAUUGAUAAUUUUGGUAAAGUUUUGUGUUUAGGUCCAUUUUAUUCCAUAAGAAUCAAAGCUAUUGCUUUCAUACUUGCAACACUUACUAACUAUCAUAAGGGGACUGUGCAGGCAAAGUAAUGUAACUCUGACUGGCAUUUUGACAGAAUAAUGUGCCCUUUUUAUACUUAAAAAAUUGAAAAUUGAAAAUUUGGUUUUGUGUUUAGGUCCACUUUAUUCCUACAGUAUCAAAGCUAUUGCUUUCAUAAUUGCAACACUCAUUAACUAUCAUAAGGGGACUGUGCAGGCAAAGUUAUGUAACUCUGACUGGCAUUUCGACGGAAUUAUGUGCCCUUUUUUUCCUAAGAAAUUGAAAAUUUGGUUUAGUUUUGUGUUUUGGUCCACUUUACCCCUAAAGUAGCAUAGAUAUUGCUUUCAUACCUGGAACACUCGCAAACUAUCAUAAGGGUACAGUAAAAGGACAAGUUGCAUAACUCUAAUUGUCAUUUUUACGGAAUUAUGGCCUAGUUUUGACUUAUAUGAAUAUAUGGUUAAAUGUUGUGUUUCGAUCCACUAAUUUACUUCUUAAGUAUCAAGGCUAUUGCUUUCAAACUUCAAAUACUUUCAUGCUAUCAUGAGGUUACUGUGCCUGGCAAGUUGAAUGUUACCUUGACCUUUGAAUGACCUUGACUCUCAAGGUCAACUUAUUAAAUUUUGCUAAAAUUGCCAUAACUUCUUUAUUUAUGAUUAUAUUUGAUUAAUACUUUGACAAAACUACUCUUACCUGAAAUACCACAAUAGACUCCACCCAAACCAUCCCCUGUGCCCUCCCCCCCCCCCCGAAUCCCCCCUAUUUUUUUUUAAGAUCAUCUCACGAAUG